ACUCCUCUGACGCACGACAGGGAAGCGGACCCGAGGAAAGGAAGACACCAACAAAAAAAUAUAUAUAAUAAAAAAAUGCAGCAGCUGACCCAGCCGUCGAUAUGAUCCAGAGACUCUUGCUCCUGCUGCACCGGACAGAGACGAGGUCCUGAAACCGAGAGGAGAACACUCUCACCCGGCUACACUGUUGUUGAGUGCUCGCCCAGGGGGCGGCGACGGCGGCGGAGGAGGGGGAGAAGGAGGAGGAGGAGGAGGAGAGGGGAGGAAGAGGAAGUGGACGGGCACAAGUCGAGGGCUUGCAUUUUAAGCAAACUGUUUAGAAAAAAAGAAAAAAAAAGAAAGAAGGGUAGAGAGUCAGAGUCACCCGAGAACGAGAGUGGGAGAGAUUGCAUUCCUCUCACGUCUUCAAUCCUCUCUUUUGCCUCGGCCGAUCAGAGAAGGUGAGAGAGAGAGAGAGAUAUAGAGAGACCGAGGGAGGGAAAGAAGGAGAACGUGCGAGAGAGAGAGAGAGAAAGAGAGAGAGAGAGAGAGAUCUAACAAGAUUCACACUAGUGGUCUUUUUUUCCCCGAUGCUGUCCAAUUGCAGUACGAAACUAAGCCCGGCAUCGGACGGUGAGCGGGACGCACCGGGCAAUAACCGAACACAUCGCUGGAGGAUAUGUGAAGUUGGAAUCCCACGAAACUAAUGCUGUGAAGUGGCUCUGUCCCUGGAGCCAAGACUUCAUCCCUUUGGUGUCAGCGAGGAUGCUGUGGGUUACCUUGCUGAGCACCAUAGCCUUAGGAUGGACCACCCCGAUCCCACUACUAGAGGACUCCGAGGAGAUCGACGAGCCUUGUUUCGAGCCCUGCUACUGCGAGGUCAAAGAGGGCAUCUUCCAUGUCCACUGUGACAGUAAAGGAUUUACAAAUGUCAGCCAGAUCUCCCAGAUAUGGAGCAGGCCGUUCAAGCUCAACCUGCAGAGAAACUCCAUGAGGAAGCUUUACUUUAACAGCUUCCUCCAUCUCAACAAUGCCAUCUCCCUUAACCUGGGUAAUAACGCCUUGCAAGAUAUCCACGCUGGAGCGUUCAAUGGCUUAGGAAUACUCAAGCGGCUGUUCCUACAUGAAAACAAACUAGAAGUUUUCCGGAAUGACACUUUUCUGGGCUUGGAGAGUUUAGAGUAUCUCCAGGCGGACUACAAUGUAAUCAAACGGAUUGAAAGUGGGGCUUUCAGGCAUCUUCACAAAUUGAGAGUGCUCAUACUGAACGACAAUCUGAUCCCCGUGCUCCCAAAUUAUCUUUUCCGAUCUGUGUCACUCACACACCUGGACCUGAGAGGGAACAGACUAAAGACAUUGCCGUAUAAGGGCAUGCUGGAGUACGUGGGAAGGAGCUUAAUGGAAAUCCAGCUGGAGGAGAACCCCUGGAACUGUGUGUGUGAGAUUGUCCAGUUAAAAACUUGGCUGGAGAGAAUUCCGUAUACAGCUUUGGUAGGUGAGAUCACAUGUGACUACCCAUUCCACUUACAUGGGAAAGACUUACGGGAAAUCAAGCGCAGUGAGCUCUGUCCGCUGCUCUCUGAUGCAGAGAUUGAGGCCAAGCUGGGAAUUCCCCGGAUCCCAUUUAGCAAUGAGAACACUUGGCCUACUAAACCGUCCUCCAUGCUCUCGUCUUUUCACAACACAGCCUCUUCUGUGGAAUACAAGGAAAGAGUUGACAAGCCCACCAAACGACCUCGGCCCACAAAGAACUCUCCAACUCCUCGUAGUAUCUAUCCAGGCAUCAACCAGGCCCCUGUUGCUGGCUACCAAACAAGGCCUCCCAUACCAAUAAUUUGUCCAGCUGGAUGUACUUGCAACCUUCACAUUAAUGACCUGGGUCUAACAGUGAACUGUAAAGAGAAAGGCUUUCACAACAUCUCUGAGCUCCUCCCACGGCCCCUCAAUGCCAAGAAAUUGUACCUUAGUGGGAACUUAAUACAGAAAAUAUACCGAUCUGAUUUCUGGAACUUCUCAAGUUUGGAUUUACUGCAUUUAGGGAAUAAUCGGAUAUCCUAUGUCCAAGAAGGCGCCUUCAUCAACCUGCCAAACUUGAAAAGUCUAUAUCUGAAUGGGAAUGACAUUGAGAGACUCACCCCUGGGAUGUUUCGAGGGCUUCAGAUGUUGAGUUAUCUUUACUUUGAGUAUAACGUCAUACGUGAGAUACAACCUAACUCCUUCUCCCUAAUGCCAAACCUCCAGCUGGUUUUCCUCAAUGACAACCUGUUACGCUCCCUUCCCAAUGACGCUUUUGCUGGCACCAACCUUGCACGCCUCAACCUCCGAAACAACUACUUCCUUUCCAUGCCCGUGCGUGGCGUUCUGGAGCAUCUGAUCUCCAUUGUCCAGAUUGAUUUCCAUCAGAACCCCUGGGACUGCUCCUGUGAAAUCAUCCCCCUGAAGCAGUGGCUGGAAAAGCUCUCCUCCGUCAUUGUGGUUGGAGACGUCAUCUGCAAGACACCUGAAUUUGCGUUUGGGAAGGACCUGCGUUCGCUGCAGGUUGAGGUCAUCUGUCCGGAGCUCAAGUACUCUUCAGGCCCCUCCCCGGCCCUGCCAGGUGGGGAUGACCUCAUCACAGGGAGCUCUGACAUGGGGGAAGCAAGUGGGAGACGGGCUGUCCCACUGUCUGUCCUCAUUCUCAGCCUACUCAUUCUUUUCAUCUCUGCUGUGUUUGUUGCUGCCGGGCUUUUCGCCUUUGUUCUUCGGCGCAGGAAGAACCUUCCUUUCCGGAAACGUUCCGAGGUAGAUCUGACGGGGAUCCAAAUGCAAUGCAGGAUUUUUGAGGACCCACCAAGGCAGAGCAGUGCUGGUAACACUAGCACACCCGAGAAACCGACAGCUAGUAUGCACACACACACUCACACUAGUCACACACAUGGCCAUGGUCACGUUUAUGAUUACAUUCCCCACCCGGUGACGCAGAUGUGUAACAACCCCAUCUAUAAGCCUCGAGAGGGGGAGAUAGCAGAGGAAGACAGAGUGCAGUUUUCAGAGAAGAAAGACAAUGGCAGCAGUAGCAACAGUAACUACAGAACCUUAUUAGAGAAAGAAAGAGAGUGGACCUUGGCCCUCUCCAACUCUCAACUCAACACUAUCGUCACAGUUAACCACUCAACGGCUGACAUGGCAGGAUUUCAUGAGAACGGAGGGCUCUGCCCUACAGUAAUUGACAGUCAGAGGCCCACACCAACAGUGGGCUUUGUAGACUGUUUGUAUGGGACAGUACCCAAACUAAAGGACAUGCAUGUGGCGCAUGCGCACCCACCAGGCAUGCAGUACCCGGAUUUGCAGCAGGAUGCACGGCUGAAGGAGACAUUGCAUUUCACAGCGGGGAAAGGCUGCUACCCUGACCCGUCCCAAAGCGAUUACCUCGAGUUAAGGGCCAAACUUCAAACCAAGCCGGAUUACCUCGAAGUCUUGGAAAAAUCGUACCGGUUUUAACAUCUCUAACCCAUGGAGAAAAAAAAGAAAAAAAACACAAAAUCAACACAUUCACUUUGCCACCCUGGAAACAAAAAAUCACCCCAAACCAAUAU